GGAGUUGGAUGAUCAAAGCCAUUCCCCUGCUGUGUCUGUCACUCAGUUUCCUCUCCGGACCCGCCUCUCACUCUCUGUCAGCUCUUUCUCAGUCAGGUCGGACCGGGCUGUAUAAAAAAGGAAGCGGAGGCAGCUCGGCUCUCAUUCGUCAGCGAUUGGAGUGAAAAAGCGUGAUGUCUGGAAGAGGCAAAGGAGGCAAAGGCCUGGGAAAAGGCGGAGCGAAGCGGCACCGCAAAGUGCUCCGUGAUAACAUCCAGGGCAUCACCAAACCAGCCAUCCGGCGCCUGGCUCGCCGUGGCGGGGUCAAGCGCAUCUCGGGCUUGAUCUACGAGGAGACCCGCGGGGUGCUGAAGGUUUUCCUGGAGAAUGUGAUCAGGGAUGCGGUCACCUACACUGAGCACGCCAAGCGCAAGACUGUCACCGCCAUGGAUGUGGUGUACGCUCUGAAACGCCAGGGCCGCACUCUCUAUGGAUUCGGCGGCUGAGCAUAAAGCGACCCUUUUCCAGCGAACCCAAAGGCUCUUUUCAGAGCCACCCAAACCCUCCGACAGAGAGCGGAGACCUGAGGACGGGGAAAGCAACGCAUAGGGAGGGAUACUUUAACGGUUCUUUAACGUGUCAUUUGUCAUUUUGCCCGGACACUGAUGUUACAUAUUGUGGUAUUUGUAUUUCAUUGCCCCUCCAGAAACGAUUCUUUCAUGAGUUUUGAUGCUGCGACGCAGCAGAUAUUUUCAUAGCCUGCUCUUUACAUGUGAC